CGGUGCCCUCCCGACAUGCCCGAGGAGGCGGGCUUCCCCCCGGCCAAGAGAUUCCGGCCGGGCUCCGGGCCUCCGAGCCGCUCCGGGUCCUACCCGCCCGGGAGGCGAGUGGUGAUGCUGCUGACUGCGGGCGGCGGCGGCGGCGGAGGCCGGAGGCAGCAGCCGCCGCUGGCCCAGUCCUCCGUCAGUCCGUACCGCGAGGCCGUGGAGCUGCAGCGCCGGAGUUUGCCCAUCUUCCAGGCUCGGGGGCAGCUGUUGGCCCAGCUCCGAAACCUGGACAGCGCGGUCCUCAUCGGGGAAACUGGCUCAGGGAAAACAACGCAGAUCCCUCAGUACCUCUAUGAAGGAGGGAUUGGCCGCCAGGGCGUCAUUGCUGUGACCCAGCCCCGUCGGGUGGCUGCCAUCUCUUUAGCUACCAGAGUCUCAGAUGAGAAGAGAACUGAACUUGGGAAGCUGGUUGGCUAUACGGUGCGCUUUGAUGAUGUCACCUCGGAAGACACCAGGAUCAAGUUCCUGACUGACGGCAUGCUCCUGCGUGAAGCAAUUUCGGACUCCCUGCUCCGGAAGUACAGCUGUGUCAUUCUGGAUGAGGCCCACGAGCGGACUAUCCACACAGACGUGCUCUUUGGGGUGGUGAAAACUGCACAGAGGCGGCGGAAGGAACUGGGAAAACUGCCUCUCAAAGUGAUUGUGAUGUCAGCCACAAUGGAUGUGGACCUCUUCUCUCAGUACUUCAACGGAGCCCCCGUCCUCUACCUGGAAGGGAGGCAGCACCCAAUCCAGGUUUUCUACACCAAACAGCCUCAGAGUGACUACCUGCAUGCGGCAUUGGUUUCCGUCUUCCAGAUCCACCAGGAAGCCCCUCCUUCUCAGGAUAUCCUGGUGUUCCUCACCGGCCAGGAGGAGAUCGAAGCGAUGAGCAAGACCUGCCGCGACAUUGCGAAGCACCUCCCGGAUGGCUGCCCCGCGAUGCUGGUCCUUCCUCUGUACGCCUCCCUGCCCUAUGCACAGCAGCUCCGUGUUUUCCAGGGGGCCCCCAAGGGCUAUCGCAAAGUGAUCAUUUCAACCAACAUCGCUGAAACCUCCAUAACCAUUUCAGGAAUAAAAUAUGUAAUUGACACGGGCAUGGUUAAAGCAAAGAAGUAUAACCCUGACAGUGGUCUCGAAGUGUUAGCUGUGCAGCGGGUGUCAAAGACCCAGGCCUGGCAGCGCACGGGAAGGGCUGGCAGAGAGGACAGUGGCAUCUGCUACCGGCUCUACACUGAGGAGGAGUUUGACAAGUUUGAUAAGAUGACCGUGCCAGAGAUCCAGAGGUGUAACCUGGCCAGCGUGAUGCUACAGCUCCUAGCAAUGAAAGUCCCAGAUGUGCUCACUUUUGACUUCAUGUCCAAACCGUCUCCAGAUCACGUUCAGGCGGCCAUUGCCCAACUGGACCUGUUAGGUGCUCUUGACCAUAAGGACGACCAGCUCACCCUGACUCCAAUUGGAAGGAAAAUGGCAGCAUUUCCUUUAGAACCCAAAUUUGCCAAAACCAUCCUCCUGUCCCCCAAAUUCCACUGCACAGAGGAGAUACUGACAAUCGUCUCGCUGCUGUCUGUGGACAGCGUUCUCUACAACCCCCCUGCCCGGCGGGACGAGGUGCAGGGCGUCCGGAAGAAGUUCAUAUCCAGUGAGGGGGACCACAUUACCCUGCUGAAUAUCUACCGGAGCUUCAAAAACAUCGGUGGAAAUAAGGACUGGUGCAAGGAGAAUUUUGUCAACAGCAAGAAUAUGCUGCUGGUCGCGGAAGUCAGAGCACAGCUGAGGGAUAUCUGCUUAAAGAUGUCAGUGCCGGUUGUGUCAUCCCGAGGAAACACGGAGAGCAUCCGUCGCUGCCUGGCACACAGCCUCUUCAUGAGCACCGCGGAACUUCAGCCGGAUGGCACCUAUGCCACCACAGACACCCACCAGCCAGUGGCCAUCCACCCCUCGUCUGUCCUCUUCCACUGCAAGCCGGCCUGCGUCGUGUACACCGAGCUGCUCUGCACCAACAAGUGCUACAUGCGAGACCUCUGCGUCGUGGAUGCCGAGUGGCUGUACGAGGCUGCCCCUGAGUACUUCCGGAGGAAGCUGAGAACCGCCAGGAACUGAGCCACCUCAGGCGCUGCCAGAACUGCUGCUUGCCUGGGAGCUUGGCUCACAUCUGUCCUCCUAGCAGUCUCUUAGGCCGGCGCUAAGAGAGACAUGAGUUUCAUGGAGCUGGUGCACCCAGCUUCCAGGAGCUUGGAGGCGUCUUUGUUUACACUUUUAUGACUCUACCAUGUAGAAAGUAUACAGGCCGUUUAUACUUUGUAAACUUCAAAGUUAUGCUUUUGGUUCUUGCUAGGUGACUUUGGGCGACUUAGUUAAUUUCUGAGCCUCAGUUUCCUCAUCUGCCAAGUGGGGAUGAUGAUGAUAAUACUUCCUCUCAGGGUCCAGGUCAUGAAGUUAGGGGAAAAUGAGUGGAAAGUACCUAGAGCUGUGUCUCACACACGACAGACACAAUAGACAUACAAUAAAUUGUGAGCCAUUAUUGCUUUUUACAUGAUGGGAAUUGAGUACAACAAAAUUCCAUGAGUUCUUAUGACCGUGAGGGGGACACUCCGAGAGGGGCCGUAGGAGGUCACAGAGCUUGGAUGUUGUCCUUAGAUCUACUUUAAUUUCUAUCUGAAGUUUUAAAAUAGAAAACAUAAGAAACUGACUUCUGUAGGAAUCUCCAGAGGGAGGUGCUUUUGUCUCUGACCUCAUGGGAUGGCUGCCCCCAGUGGGCCCUCACUGCCCAGGGUAUGGCCUCCCUCUUGCUGUCUCCACACAGAGACCGGUAAGGGAGUGCCCCCAGGUCGCCAGGCUGCGUCUGCUCCAGGAAGUCUCCAUCUUUGGUGCCUCUGUAGUACAUGUCUCCUGUCAGUGCUCUCAGGAGACAUUUCAGCUUCCUGAGCUAAGGUUGAUUUGUAUCUUUUGAAUCCUGUAAGUAUAGACGUCAGAAACUGACUUUUUAGUAUAAUGGCUCCCAGCAUACCCAGUUGUCUUUUUUCUCUCUCACUGGGCUCAUAUAAGCAUGUCACCAUAAGGAAUGGCUCUGGGCUAUACCUCAGCCAUUUCUCUUCUGGCAGGACCCCUUACUCCGAGAGUCCGGGUGGCGGUGGUGUAGCUGCAGGCCAAUGAGAACCCAGAGGGCAUUGGCUCAUCCCGUCCACAUCUUGGCUUUAUAUUCCUUGCUGCUUAUUUAUUUUCUGUCAUCUUUUUCCUUCUUCUUAGGCACUUGGGGACAAUCUGGCUUUGCCACUUCUUAACUGUGCCUGUUACCCACUCCUGCCCUCACUUUCCACAUUUAUCAGAGGGAAUUGGAAGACCUGCACAGUCUUCCUGUUCCCAUGUUUUGAGAAGGGAGAAGACACCAAAGGUUCUUCUUAGGUAUGCAGUUAUCAAAAGCAAAUAAUCUUUCCCCAGAGAAUGUUCGGUCCUGGAAGAAGCUCUUUAAUUGUGCUUCAUUGGUCUAAACACAUCUGUGCAGAAUUUGGUCAUUUCUUAAAAUCGCAAAGUGAAUCAUGCAGUUUACAGGCAUGGGGCCAAACUGUGCCUAGGAUCUUCUUCAAAGACAGCGGACAGUCUCUUCAGUCUGGGUCAAGGAACUCUUCCGUGAGACCACGCCCAACGGAGUGCCUCAGUCCCACAUUGUCCCCAGUUGUGCACGUGAAGGCCAGAUCAGUUUCUAUGACACCGGCUCCACCCUUGAGCAUUCAAGCAUUUAACCUGUGUUCAGGGGCUGUCGGGGCACCUGCGACUUAUUUCUAUUAGAAAUAGCUACAUUUACACCCAACAGAAUUUGACAGAUCCUGUACACCCUGUCUCACUGCGUUCUUAGACUUGUAGCUGAGGGCAGUGGUGGUUCAGUGGUAGAAUUCUCACCUUCCACGUGAGAGACCCAGGUUCGAUUCCUGGCCAAUGCACCUCAAGUGCAGCUACCACUCACCUGUCAGUUGAGGCUUACAUGUUGCUGUGAUGCUAAACAGGUUUCAGCAGAGCUUCCAGACUAAGGCAGACUAGGAGGAAAGGCCUGGUGAUCCACUGCCGAAAAUCAGCCAGUGAAACACUGCGGGUCACAACAGGCCAGUCCUGUUGGGCAGGGGGUCCCCGUGAGUUGGGGGCCGACUUGACCGCAGCUAAGAGACACAAUUUUUAGCUAGCUCUUCCUCAGAACUACUUGCUUUUACCAUUGCUAACUUUCUGAAAAAAAAAAAAUUUUUUUUUCCCAUGUAUUUUAUAGAGUGCUAGGGUGUUUAGCCUGACUUGGUAAAAGAAAACAUUAUAUUUCUAAUAAAACAUUCAUCAUGAUGGUAAAAAAUUAGGGGUAGGGUGAUUUAUUAUAUUUCUCAGCAUAUUAUCUAACUAGAGGUGUUCUCUGAUUCACGCAAAACUUUAUGUAGAUAAUGUCCAGCUUAAGUACCUGAAAGUUUUCCAGAAAUAACCGUUUUCCGAGUGGGAGUAAGGGGUAAGGGAGUAUAAAUCGCCUCUGAGUAGCUUUAACGUUUCUGUAUAGAAAUACUUUUAUCACUAACAUUCUGGUAGAGUUUUAAUAUUUAGGUUUUUAUCGUGCUUUUUAAGAUGUUAAAACUUUUAACCUGGUUGCUCAGGGAUUAAAUCAGAUUGGAAAACCCAUUCUGACUCCUAUGUAUUACUACAAAGAAAGAAAUGGUUAUUUUUAUUGAGCUGCAGGGAGUAGUAUGCUUUAAACUUAGACUUUCUUAAGAAAGUUAAAAUGCUUCACAAUGAUGUUGCAGUAUCGUCCUGAGGGACUUUUUUCAAUUGAUAAAAUCUCUGAUGAUGCGAGACUUCUUUUCCACCCAGUGAAAUCCACAUCUGGACUAGUCACUAGCUCCCCUGAGCAGCGGCAUGUAAAUAAAUGCACUCCCAGCGUUUCGCACCCUCAGGCCUUCUUCUUGGUCAUAAACUGUGAGACAUCCGAAGUGAGAAAGGUUUCACUACAAGGGAAAGCACUGCAAACAGUGGGUCCUGAGGGGGCAGCAAAGAACCUUGACGUUGCAUCUGUGCUGGUUUUAGCAAGGUACCCGGACAGAGGCAAACAUUUGCUCUGGGGUAAAACUCGUUACGUACUGUGACUGGUAAAUUUGUUCAAUCCAGCUACCAGGAACUGCUUGAAAUUGGCCAGAUACCAUUCCUUAAACAUACAAGGAAAUACCGCACCUGUGGGGAAACAAAAAAAUUUUUUUUUUUUUGGCUUUAACAAAGAAAGUUAAUUUUCUUGCAGUAUAGUAGGCUAAAAGUCCAAAUUCAGGGUGUCGGCUCCAGGGGAAGGUUUUCUCUCUCUCUGUUGGCUCCGGAGGAAGGUCCUCAUCCUCGAUCUUCACAUGGUUGAGGAGCUUCUCAGGCGCAGUGACCCCAGGUCCAAACAACACUCUCGUGGUGCUUUCUUGGUGGUAUGAGAUCCCCAACUCUGCUUGCUUCAAAACAAGAAUUUUAUUCUAUUUUAUUUGAUCAGAAUAUUGUAACUUGCAAAAAAACGAGUCAGAAAAAAAAUGGUUUGGGUUUAUGUUGCAUUUUGAGUCUGGUCUUGCUCAAACAGCUCUAUAGAAACAUCAGCUCUUGCAUAUGUAAUGCUGAAAUUUGCACAUGACUAUCAAGUCCAUUAAAAAUCAACCUUGUACAUGAUGUGUGUGGCUUCU